AUGAGUGGAAUUAGUGAUCUUGACAUCGAUUAUAUUGUUAAUAACAUCGAAACAUACCUGGAUCAAGAUACAUUUUUCGAUUUAUUUGAAGAAGAUAUUAUUUCGGAAGUUUUAUCUCAAGCAAAAGUUAAAUCUAAGGACUACUUAUUACUUACAACGCAAGGUAUAUUAAAAUUCGGCAAAACCAAACUAUAUCAUUUGAUUAGGAAGUGCAAUACUUUUGUUAAUUCUUUCGAAGAUGUGAUUAAUGUUCUUCAAAGCUACAAAAUGAUACUUAAAUUAUACUCUAUUGACCCACUAAUAGAAUUUAUUGAGGAAUGUAAUAACACACACACUACAAAUCCAAAUGAAAUUAAAGAAUUAGAAACAAAGAUUCAAAAUCUUGAACCAAAAGUUAUAGAGCUUAAAAAGGGUAUCAAAAAAUAUAAAAAUGAUAUAUCAACACUUAAUAACAAACUCAAAAUAUUUUCCGAUUUACUGCAAAAAGAUGAUUUUGAUACAGUUUACCAAUUCAUUCAAGAACUUUCAGAAGAAGGUGAUGAAUCUAAAAUCUCAAUUGCAUGUUCAGCAGGAAUAAGUGAAAAGAGAAAUCAAGAUGAAAAUACACCACUUUUAAUGGCAUGUGUUAAUGGUGAUCUUCAAUUAACAAAAUCUCUUCUUGAAGGAGGAUGUAACAGAGAUGUUGUUGAUAAAUUUGGAAAUAAUUGUUUACUUCUAGCAUCAUUAGGUGGACAUCUUGACAUUGUCAAAUAUUUAAUUGAAUUUGGAUUUGAUAAAAACUGGCAAAGCGAAACUUAUGGAUUUAAUGCAAUAAUUUGUGCAUCACAAGAAGGUCAUCUUGAAUUAGUUAAAUAUCUUAUUUCAGUUGGAGCAAAUUUAAAUGAUAAAACUAAUGAUGGAAAAUCUCCAAUAUUUGUUGCAUCACAAAAAGGUCAUCUUGAAUUAGUUAAGUAUCUUAUUUCAGUUGGAGCAAAUGAUAAAGAUAUUUAUGGUGAUAAUAAUGCCAAUGAAAAUAAUGAUGAAGAUGAUGAUAAAAAUGAUAAUAAUGAUGAAGAUAAUGAUAAUAAUGAUGAAGAUAAUGAUAAUAAUGAUGAAGAUAACGAUAAUAAUGAUGAAGAUAACGAUAAUAAUGAUGAAGAUGAUGACGAAAAGGAUGAUGAUGAAGAUGAUGAUAAUAAUAAUGACGAAGAUGAUGCAGAAAAUGAUGAAGAGGAUGAUAUGGAUGUUGAGGAAGAUACAGAAAAUGAAGAUGACGAUGAUGAAGAGGAAGAUACUGGAGAUACUGAUAAAUUUAUUUCACUAAUUAUGGCAAUACAUAUAGGUGAUCUUGAGAUCGUUAAAAAUCUCAUUUCAUGUGGAGUAGAUCCAAAUGAUAAAUUUGGUGAUGGAAUUUCUCCAAUUAUUACAGCGUUAGUUUUUGGCCAUCUUGAAGUCGUUAAGUAUCUUAUUUCAGUUGGAGCAAAUCCAAAUGAUAAAGUUAAUUAUGGAAUUUCUCCAAUCAUUACUUCUCCACAAAACGGCCAUCUUGAAGUUGUUAAGUAUCUAAUUUCAGUUGGAGCAAAUCCAAAUGAUAAAGAUAAUUAUGGAAUUUCUUCAAUCAUUACUUCUUCACAAAACGGCCAUCUUGAUGUCGUUAAAUAUCUCAUUUCAGUUGGAGCAAAGCCAAAUGAUAAAAAUAAUGAUGGAAAAUCUCCACUUAUUGCAGCAUCAUAUUUUGGUCAUCUUGACGUAAUUCAAUAUCUUAUUUCAGUUGGAGCAAAUCCAAAUGAAAAAGGUAUUGGUGGAUUUUCUCCAUUAUUUAUUGCAGCACAGAAAGGUUAUCUUGAAUUAGUUCAAUAUCUUAUUUCAGUUGGAGCAAAUCCAAACGAAAAAAAUAUCAAAGGAGCUUCUCCAUUAUUUAUUUCAUCACAAAAUGGUUAUCUUGAAUUAGUUCAAUAUCUCAUUUCAGUUGGGGCAAAUCCAAAUCAAAAAAAUGAAGACGGAAAUUCUCCAAUCACCAUUUCAUCACAAAAAGGCCAUCUUGAAGUUGUUAAAUAUCUUAUUUCAGUUGGAGCAAAUCCAAAUGAUAAAACUAAUGAUGGAAUUUCUCCAAUAAUUUUCGCAUCAAAAAAUGGUCAUCUUGAUGUCGUUAAAUAUUUCAUUUCAAUUGGAGUAAAUCCAAAUGAAAAAGGAGCUCUCUCAUUAUUUAUUGCAUCACAAGAAGGUCAUCUUGAUGUAGUUGAAUAUCUCAUUUCAGUUGGAGUAGAUCCAAAUGAAAAAAGUAUUAAUGGAUUUUCUCCAUUAUUUAUUGCAUCGCAAAACGAUCAUUUGGAAAUUGUUAAAUAUCUCAUUUCAGUUGGAGUAAAUCCAAAUCAAAAAUGUAAAGAUGGAGAUUCCCCAAUCAUUACUUCUUCACAAAAAGGCCAUCUUGAAGUUGUUAAAUAUCUUAUUUCAGUUGGAGCAAAUCCAAAUGAUAAAAAUAAUGAUGGAAAAUCUCCACUUAUUUCAGCAUCGUAUUUUGGUCAUCUUGAAGUGGUUCAAUAUCUUAUUUCAGUUGGAGCAAAUCUAAAUGAUAAAUCUAUUGGUGGAUUUUCUCCAUUAUUUGUUGCAUCAUAUAAUGGCCGUCUUGAAGUUCUUAAAUUUCUUAUUCAAUGCGGAUGCAAUAAAAAUGAAAAAGGGCCGAAUAAUUAUACUCCACUUCAUUUUGCAGUCAAAAAUGGACAUAUUUAUGUUGUUGAUUAUUUAAUUUCCAUUGGUGCCGAUCUAAAUGCUAAAAACGAUUUCGGAUUAACACCCCUUGAAUGUGGUCAAAAUGAUUGA